UGCCAGCUGCUGCUCUGGACCCAGCACUCGCCUCGCAUCCAGCUGCAGAAAAACAUCCACUAUGACCUGUACCAGAAGAAAGGCUACCUGCGGGACUGCAUUGUGGCCAAUGGUACCAGCUACCGCCAAUGCCGCAGUGUUGUGGCUGUGCUACUACUACCCCAGGGCAGCGCUCCUACCCACCCUACUGCCAGCAGGUUCCUGCCAUCCCCCCGCAAUGGGCUGGAGGAGAAUUACUGCCGAAACCCUGACCGGGACAAGCGGGGCCCAUGGUGUUACACCGUCGACCCCAACGUCCGGCACCAGAGCUGUGGCAUCAAGAAGUGCGAGGACGCUGUCUGCAUGACCUGCAACGGGGAGGAGUACCGUGGUGCCGUGGACCACACAGAAUCGGGGACGGAGUGCCAGCGCUGGGACCUGCAGCACCCGCACAAGCACCCCUACCACCCCGACAAUCCGACCAUGCAAGCAGAGAAGCGCCCGCGGCCCCUCAACAUCACCACCGGCUGCUUCAGGGGCAAGGGAGAAGGCUACCGGGGCCGGGUGAACGUCACUGUGUCGGGGAUCCCCUGCCAGCGCUGGGACGCCCAGAUCCCCCACAGGCACCACUUCGCACCUGAGAAGUACCCGUGCAAGGACCUGCAGGAGAACUACUGCCGCAACCCCGAUGGCUCGGAGGCACCGUGGAUCUCACCCGUCACCCACCCCGAGGCACAGGAGAACUACUGCCGCAACCCCGAUAAUGACAGCCAUGGACCCUGGUGCUACACCAUGGACCCCCGCACCCCUUUUGACUACUGUGCCAUCAAGCCCUGCUCUGGCAGCAUGGUGCCCUCCGUCCUGGAGAAUGCAGACGUGGUGGCAUUUGAGGAGUGCGGCCAGCGGGAUGAGAGGCUGGAGGGGGAAGGGGGGGCCGUCUGGACCGUCAGCAUCCGCAACCGGGCUGGCGUGCACUUCUGCGGGGGGUCCCUGGUGAAGGAGCAGUGGGUCAUCAGCACGCGCCAGUGCUUCUCCUCCUGCUCCGAGGUCCAGCUGGGCACGCUCUUCAAGGACCCCCGCCCCGGGGACCCCGACCAGCAAACCAUUCCCAUCACGCGGAUCGUCUGCGGCCCCUCCGAGUCCCAGCUGGUGAUGCUGAAGCUGGCGAGGCCGGCGGCUCUAAACUCACGCGUGGCCCCCAUCUGCCAUCCCCCUGCCAUGGCAUUCCCAGUGCAUGCAUCCCCUGCCCGCUGCUCCGCGUGCUCGCUGCCCACAGGCACGGCGGACGGCAGCGUGCUGAACGUGGCACGGCUGCCCGUGCUGGCCCACGAUGAGUGCAAUGCGGCACUGCGCGGGCGCCUGAAGGAGAGCGAGCUGUGCACCGCCCCGCUGCAUGCCGGCGUGGGGGCCUGCGAG